AUGGGAAGUAAUAACGACGAAGCAAUGCAUCGGCAGAUAAGAAAGACUGGAAGGGGAUUGAAAGAAUUUCACAGGAAAGUUCUGUGUGGACGAAGCAAGAAACAAGAAAGAAAUACUUUGAAGAAAGAUGAAUGGGCGGAAUGGUCACAGGGCUACACUGAAAGGUGGUGGCCAUUAGCGUGGAAGUUGAAGAAAGGAAACAGGGAGAGAAAGAAACAAGAUAAUGGGUGUCUGGGGGUAGAUAAACUGAAAGAGUCUAAAGGAAAAUGGAAAAGGAGAAGAUUAGGUAAGGGAGAAGAUAGAUACAAAGAAAGAAAGAGAGAGGAAACGAGAGGGUGGUGGGAUGAGGAAUGCAAGGAGAAUAAACAGAGAAUGAAAGAGUGUGUAAGAAAAUGGAGGAUAGGGGAAAUGGAGGAGGAGCAGCACAACAGGAGAAAAAGAGAACACGAGAGGAUGCUAGAAAGGGAAAAGCAGAGGUGA